AUGGUUAGCACUAGUACCACCAAUGACAUGAUCACCGAGGAGCCAAGCUCCCCAAAACAGAUCCCUCGUCUAACAAGAAGGCUGACCGGGUUCUUGCCCAGCGAAAUCAAAUCCAUCGAUUCCAUCAUCCCCUUGAAAUCUCGUUCCCUUUGGACGAAGCAUCAAGUGCAAAAGUUCACGGAAGGUGAAGACUUCCAGGACAGAUUCAUCGAUCACGUGGAGACCACUCUGGGUAGAUCUCUUUACAAUUGUGAUGAUUUAGCCGCUUACGAAGCUACUUCAAUGAGUGUUCGUGAUAAUUUGAUCAUUGACUGGAACAAGACCCAGCAAAAGUUUACCACUAGAGAUCCAAAGAGAGUCUAUUAUCUUUCUUUGGAGUUUUUGAUGGGGAGAGCACUGGAUAACGCCUUGAUUAAUAUGGAUAUCUCGAAGGACACUUCUAAGGAUACCAAUAUUGACGGCGCGAAAGUGGAAAAGGAUACCGCGGUUAAGGAACCAAGAAAAAUGAUUGAUUCUGCCUUGGAUGACUUAGGAUUCAAAUUGGAAGAUGUCUUGGAACAAGAACCUGAUGCCGGGUUGGGUAAUGGUGGGUUAGGUCGUUUGGCUGCCUGCUUUGUCGAUUCAAUGGCUACAGAAAAUAUCCCUGCUUGGGGGUAUGGGUUACGUUACCAAUACGGUAUCUUUGCCCAAAAGAUUAUCGAUGGUUAUCAAGUGGAAACUCCAGAUUAUUGGUUGAAUUUCGGUAAUGCUUGGGAAAUUGAACGUAAUGAAGUGCAAAUUCCAGUGACUUUCUAUGGGUACGUCGAUAGACCAGAUAAGAAUGGUUCCACUUUGGCUCCAUCUCAAUGGAUCGGUAGUGAACGAGUUCUUGCCGUUGCUUAUGAUUUCCCAGUCCCAGGUUUCAAGACUAAUAAUGUCAAUAAUUUGAGAUUAUGGCAAGCACGUCCAACUACUGAAUUCGAUUUCGCCAAAUUUAACAGUGGUGACUAUAAGAAUUCUGUAGCACAACAACAACGUGCUGAAUCCAUCACUGCUUGUUUGUAUCCAAAUGAUAAUUUCGAACAAGGUAAAGAAUUAAGAUUGAAACAACAAUAUUUCUGGUGUAGUGCUUCAUUGCAUGAUAUCGUGAGAAGAUUCAAGAAGAGUAAGAGACCAUGGAGUGAAUUCCCUGUACAAAUUGCCAUUCAAUUAAAUGAUACUCAUCCAACUUUAGCCAUUGUGGAAUUACAAAGAAUCUUAGUCGAUUUGGAAAAAUUGGACUGGCAUAAGGCUUGGGACAUUUGUCAAAAUACUUUUGCAUACACUAACCAUACUGUCAUGCAAGAAGCUUUGGAAAAAUGGCCAAUUAGUUUAUUCGGUCACUUGUUACCAAGACAUUUGGAAAUCAUUUACGAUAUUAAUUGGUUCUUCUUACAAGAUGUUGCUAAGAAAUUCCCUAAGGAUGUCGAUUUAUUAAACCGUAUUUCCAUCAUUGAAGAAAAUUCUUCUGAAAGACAAAUUAGAAUGGCUUUCUUGGCCAUUGUUGGUUCUCAUAAGGUCAAUGGUGUCGCUGAAUUACAUUCUGAAUUAAUCAAGACUACUAUCUUUGCUGAUUUUGUCAAAUUCUACGGUCCAUCCAAAUUUACUAAUGUCACUAACGGUAUUACUCCAAGAAGAUGGUUGAAACAAGCAAAUCCAAAGUUGGCUGACUUGAUCAGUACCACUUUGAAUGAUCCAAAUGAAGACUAUUUGUUAAACAUGGCUAAUUUGACUCAAUUGGCUAAAUUCGCAGAUGAUAAGAAAUUCCAAGAAAAAUGGAACGAAGUGAAACAUCAAAAUAAGGUUCGUUUGGCUGAUUUAAUUAAGAAAUUGAAUGAUGGUGUCGAUAUCAUUGAUAGAGAACAUAUUGGUGAAACUUUAUUCGAUAUUCAAGUGAAACGUAUUCAUGAAUAUAAACGUCAACAAUUGAAUGUAUUUGGUGUGAUUUAUCGUUACUUGGCCAUCAAGACCAUGAUUGAAAAUGGUGCCUCGAUUGAAGAAGUUUCCAAGAAGUACCCACGUAAGGUUUCCAUCUUUGGUGGUAAGAGUGCUCCAGGUUACUACAUGGCUAAAUUAAUUAUUAAGUUGAUUAACUCUGUUGCUGAAGUGGUUAACAAUGAUCCAGAAAUCGAAGAUUUAAUUAAGGUCGUCUUUGUCCCAGAAUAUAAUGUCUCCAAGGCUGAAAUUAUUAUCCCUGCCAGUGAUUUAAGUGAACAUAUUUCUACUGCUGGUACUGAAGCCUCUGGUACUUCCAACAUGAAAUUCGUCAUGAACGGUGGUUUGAUUAUUGGUACUGUCGAUGGUGCUAAUGUUGAAAUUACAAGAGAAAUUGGUGAAGACAACAUUUUCUUAUUCGGUAAUCUAAGUGAAAAUGUGGAAGAAUUAAGAUACAACCAUCAAUACCAUGCCCAAGCUUUACCAACUGAUCUAUCCAAGGUCUUAGAAUACGUUGAAAAUGGUACUUUCUCCCCAGAAAAUCCAAACGAAUUCAAACCAUUGGUUGAUAGUAUUAAGCUUCACGGUGAUUACUAUUUGGUUAGUGACGAUUUCGAUUCUUACAUUGCCACUCAAGAAUUGGUUGAUCAAGUGUAUCAUAAUCAAAAGAGUGAAUGGAUCAAGAAAUGUAUCCUAAGUGUAGCAAACGUUGGUUUCUUUAGUAGUGAUCGUUGUAUUGAAGAAUACGCUGACACAAUCUGGAACGUUGAACCUGUUAAAUAA